AUGGUACUCGACCACGUCGGGCCGGAAGACUUUGGUAAGUUGCAAUUGCUCCACUACCCCACAACGAGCGAGAUCCCGUUCGCGAUCGGUGUCACUAAUCCGAUCGGCUGCAUGCUAGCAGCUCCAUCCGUCCCGAGCUACGCUCCUUGCCCCGCCAUCAUCGGCAAAACGACACUGUUGGACCUCCCCUUAGACAUCAUCGAAUGCAUCAUCGACGCCGUGCUCGAUUUCGCCGACCCCAUACGGACGACGACACUGUCGUCGCUCUCGCUCGCUUCAAAGUCGUGGGGUACACCAGCUCAGAAGGCUCUCCACUUCUCACCUUACCUCUCACCUUACCUCUCACCCACGGCCAAGAAACACGUUUAUGAACGCAUGUCGAUGCUUCACGCGAGUCUCUCCCAACGUCCCGAUCUAGCAUCCGCAGUCCGGUCCCUCCAUCUCGGCAAUUGGACCAGUCGCGCUCGAACGGAAGCCAAGAUCGAUCGACGGCACAUAUCUAAACUUUCAAUCGAAAUGAUCGGUUUAUCUCCUAAUAUCACCUUCCUUGACCUCCCUGGAGUGACACACGUCGAUACAAGUGAUCUCCAUCUGGCUUUGGCCAAGUUGAGCUCGAUCAAAUCCUUCUCGUACGGCGAUGGGCAUGCCGGCGAGGAACCUUGGAUCAUCAACUACAACCCUGAUAUUCGGGCCAUUUGGGGAACAGCACCGCUGUACUUUGACGAACUGGCCAAACUUGUGGGACCGUCGACACCGAUAACCCCUCGACUUGACCAUCAGGUCGAGGAGGACGAGCCGGAGGUCUCCACCCUAGGGUCUCCUAAACCUUCUUGGCCUCAUCUCAAGCACCUGACGCUCCGGGCUAGGUUACGAUCACGAAACCGAGAAGAAGACUCGGCUUUCUCUUGCCAACUCGAGUCACUUACCAUCGCCUUUAGCCAACAUGCCAAGACGUCCUAUCCCGAGCUCUCUCGAAUUCUUUCCAACUCACAAACGACCCUUACUCGCCUCGACAUCAUCGAACACCAGAUUCUUCCCGGUGAUCUCGUGCGCUUACUCGAAAGUCAUGGAUCACAUCUCACGGAUCUUCGCACGACGACCUCGAAUCAAUAUCGCUUGUCCCAGUUGGUCAAACCGAUCGCUCGGUCUUGUCCUGCUCUCAAGAGGCUCGAACUCGGGUCAUACCUCGAUGCUCUCUACGCGAUUCAAACUUUCCGAGCCUGUCCCGAUCUAGAGAGCAUCAAGCUCACCUCCGUCCGGGUAGGACAAUACGAACCGACGAAUCUAUUCGAUCAAGUCGCAGCGGGGACCAAGACCUUGCUCGGGCAACCUGAUGCGUAUCCGAGGUUAAGGAUCGUCGAGUUGACGGAGAAUGUUGAAGCGGGGGAGAGGGAUCGGCCUAAGAAUAGUGGGGUGACGUAUCGGAUGAGGUUGGAUCGAGGCACGUCGGAUCGACCGAGAUCGGUCGAAGUCGCGGUCAGGGUUUUCUGGUGA